AUGCCUAUUGGCUCUCAAUUUUGGCGCAACCAUUUUUUCCAGGCUUUCUUCUCUCUCUCUGUCUCUCCGCUCCACAUUCUUGCUUCUUUUUUCAGGCAGCUCUUGCUUCCAUCACUGGCCGAAUACGCGGCGCCACUGCAUUUCAAUUUUGAAACUUGCCAGUAUCAGCUUUCUGGUGUCUGCUCCUUUCCAACGGCUGUUGUAGAUUUUUCUGCUGAUGACGUGGAAUUGUCGCCAGGAAUAGAUUACGAAGUUUCGGCCGAAAUCGUCCUAUCGGAGUCGACUGUUAUUUCAAAUGUUGGCAUUUUUCAAGUUGUCUUUGAGGCUAUUGACAGUUUAAAUAACAAAAAAACGUUUCGAAGAUCGUGUUUUGCAAGAAUGCACCGUGGCUUAUUGCGGAGGAUUUAUGAAGUAUUUUGGAAAUUGCUGUGCAGGACUAUUUUUUUCCCAAUCUAUUUCGUUGGAUUGCUCUCCGUACCGGAUGAUCGCGUAAUCGAAGUAUCAUUCACCGAUCGUCUUGCUGACCACGAUAUCGCGAAGACGGUCCUCUUUUAUGUGCAGCUUCAGAAUCGUUUUAUCGAGGUAGAAUCUGCGAAACUAUUGUUACGAGCACGUUUUGGUCUAUUGCGCAUGUUUCUAUAUGAUUACCCAAUAUUUUCUUCCUUAGUGCUAGCCAUUUUCACGUAUUUCACAUUCUUAGUUGGGAUUUCAUUUUACUGGAUUAUGCGAAUUCUUCUAGUGAAUACGCAAUUUCCUGUUCGUUUGGAUAGUGCUGCUGUGGAUAAUAAAUCGAAACUGUCUAACAUUCUGCAGCAGGAAGUCCGUUUUUAUGUUUUUAUCACUUUUCUUCGGGGUUUAUGA